AUGUCAGCGCACAAACGCAAACUUUCCGACCUAUCUGAAGGAGGAAAUGGCGCUCAAGGCGAUAAUACAGACAGACCCUCACAGAAGGCGCGACUAGAAUCUAAAAACGACGCGUCUUCUUCGCCCCAGCAUCCGGAUCCACCCAAACACCUGCCCUAUCCACCCACGGGUACCAACCAACGCGUCAAACCGACCCCCUUCCAGCUUCCAACCCAGAUAACGACCUUUUCGUACGACGGGAACCACGUUCAAGAAUUCAACGAUUCUGCUCUACGGUACUAUGUUGACCCGCCGCCUUCUGCGAGACUGGACUAUGGAUAUGACCGUUGGAUAAAGAAGCCGGACGAUAGAGGCCGGUUGGAUCCACUUUUGAAGGCUCUUAACCGGCUCAAGAAAGACCAGGCGAAGGCUGGGCUGGUUCCUGAUAACGGUGUUGUCUGUUGGAGGGGUAUUAUGACCAAGAUAUUGACGGCGCCAUAUGAAGACCGGGAUGGGUGGGACUUGAAUGUCAUGUUUGUCAAUGGGGUUCUUUACUUCGAAGAGCAUCUUACUGAGAAGAAACUACAAGAAAAAAACAACAUGCAACCGAGGCAGCGUCUUCAGACCUACUAUGGGUAUGCCUUCGAAUCAUACUGCACUUCUGAGACCCCCACUCGCCAUUCCGCGCGUUCAAACCCCGGCGAGCCACCUGGCUGGGGAGGCGAUGUGAAUACAAAUGUCCAAUGGUGCAGCGUCGUUCGGACGAAGCUCGGCGACUCACGGAUUGUCAUCGGUGGCGAAGUGGAUUGUGAAAUUGUGGUCGGAUUUCGGACCCCAUCCGGGGUCGUGACCACGACCCAAAGCUUCAAAACCAUUGAAAUUCCUCGUCUUGUACGGGGGAAGCCUGGGGCCUGGGAUCCACUUGUGUGCCUGGACUGGGGAAACACUUUCCUUAAAUUCCUUAAGGGCAUCGUUAGCGACUCAGCCACUGCUCAGGCUGGUAAAGACGCAAAGAGCCGGGUGUGGCGAGUGACAUUCGUUCCUGGGACCGGUGUUAAUCUACGCGUAUUGGGCGAGUCAGAGGUCGAGGAGGUUGUCAAUGGGGAAGACCGUAUUGGGUUUCUGCCGGGAUGGUACUGGAAGGAAUUGUGUGCGACCCAGGCAUCGGCGGCGUCUCCGAUGUCAAGGGCAGACCACCAGACCAAUACGUCACCGGCCGUUCCCAAUACGAUUUCGGGAUGGCAAGUCUAG